AUGAAUAAAAUCGUCAUUCAGAAACCCCACACUGUAAAUGGUCACAUGUGUGAAGAAAGGAAAGCCCUGUCAAAUCAAGAGGUGGUCAGGGCUUCAUUCUGCCAAAGAGGUCAAUGUGGUUUUGGAAACUUCGGUGGUGGUCAUGGCAGUGGUUUCAGUGGAAAUGACAACUUAGGUUAUGGAGGAAACUUUAGUGGUCAUGGUGGCUUUGGAGUCAGCUUCGGUGGUGGUGGAUAUAAUGGCAGUGAGGAUGGCUAUAAUGGAUUUGGUAAUGAUGAAAACCAUUUUGAAGGUGGCAGAAGCUACAAUGAUUUUGGCAGUUGCAACAAUCAGUUUUCAAAUUUUGGACCCAUGGAGGUGGGAAACUUUGGAGGAAGAAGCUCUGGCGCCUACAGUGGUGUAGGCCAGUACUUUGCCAAACCAUGA